GGAGAGGCAGCCGCUGAACGCCGAGCUGGCCGCGCCCGAAGUCCAGCCUUGGGGGUGGGGAUCCGCGCCGAGGAGCUGGAAACUUUCCCGGCAGGAGCUGACCUUGGCUCAAAAGAAGAUUGUGAAACAACUCUCUCCCCCCUUUUGUUGAUGAAUGAGGAAAAGUUACCAAAAAAUAGGUCUCAUUCCAGCUUUCUGUGGUCAACUUCUCCAGGGGAACUUUUCCAGGUGCCUCCUGAGACAGCUUCUCACUGUUACAAGCAAGUGGAGUCUGGGGUGAGGCCAGAAGCAAAAGAGUAUUGAAAAUGUUAAAGGCUGUGCUGAAGAAGAGCCGAGAAGGAGGAAAGGGUAGCAAAAAGGAAGCAGGAGGUGACUUUGGUCCAGAGACUUCCCCUCCAGUCCUGCCCCCUGGCCAUAGUGGUGACUUUGUGAGCAGUCUUCCUAUGGCAGAAGAGAACUACAGGGUGAGCUUGGCCAAAGGAGUGUCAAUGUCUCUGCCUUCAUCACCUCUGCUGCCUCGACAGUCUCACUCUGUGCAAUCAAGAUCAAACAAAAAAUCCCCAGGUCCCGUCAGGAAGCCCAAGUAUGUGGAAAGCCCCAGAGUGCCUGGAGAUGCAGUCAUAAUCCCGUUCAGAGAAGGGGCCAAGCCAACCGAGCCCAGUGAGAGUGAAGCAAAGACCGAUAAUGAACCGAGCUGUUCGCCGGCAGCUCAAGAACUGUUGACAAGGCUGGGAUUUUUACUGGGAGAAGGGAUUCCAACUGCUACACACAUAACCAUUGAAGAAAAAAAUGAAACCAUGUGCACAGCUCUGAGCCAAGGCAUCAGUCCUUGCUCCACACUAACAAGCAGCACCGCAUCUCCUAGCACCGAUAGCCCCUGCUCAACCUUGAAUAGCUGUGUCAGCAAGACGGCAGCCAACAAAAGUCCCUGUGAGACCAUUAGCAGCCCUAGUUCCACCCUGGAAAGCAAGGACAGUGGAAUUAUAGCCACAAUUACAAGUUCAUCCGAAAACGAUGACCGGAGUGGCUCCAGUUUGGAAUGGAACAAAGAUGGAAGCCUAAGGUUAGGGCCACAGAAGGGAGUGCUUCAUGAUCGCAGGGCAGAUAAUUGCUCUCCAGUGGCAGAAGAAGAGCCCACGGGGCCAGCGGAGAGUGUGCUUCCCAAAGCUGAAGCCUCAACUGGAGAUGGUCCAGUUCCUUAUUCUCAGAGCUCCAGCUCGCUAAUAAUGCCAAGGCCCAACUCUGUUGCAGCAACGAGCUCGACCAAAUUGGAAGAUCUGAGUUACUUAGAUGGACAGAGAAACGCUCCUCUUCGAACGUCCAUUAGGUUACCUUGGCACAACACAGCUGGAGGCAGGGCACAGGAAGCCAAAGCACGAUUUGCUCCCUACAAACCACAAGACAUUUUGUUGAAACCUCUGUUGUUUGAAGUACCAAGCAUAACAACAGACUCUGUGUUCGUGGGAAGGGAUUGGCUUUUUCACCAGAUAGAAGAAAACCUGAAGAACCCAGAACUGACAGAUAACAGAGGCGCGGUGGUUGUUGGGAACGUGGGCUUUGGAAAGACGGCGAUCAUUUCCAAGUUGGUGGCUCUCAGCUGCCACGGAAGCCGCAUGAGGCAGAUUGCUUCCAGCAGCCCUAGCUCAUCACCUAAAACUUCAGAUUCUUCCCAAGAUCUUCCAUUCACACCAUUGCUUUCACCGAGUUCUGGAAGUGGCACAGCUAAGACACCCCCUGGGGUAGGAGCUGACACCCAGGAAGACCAGAGACCAAGAGAAGAUGCAGCAAAACAGCUUGCUUCUAAGGUCGUGGCCUACCACUACUGCCAGGCUGAUAACACCUACACAUGCCUGGUGCCUGAGUUCGUGCACAGCAUUGCAGCUCUGCUAUGCCGAUCGCACCAGCUGGCUGCCUACAGAGACCUGCUGAUAAAGGAGCCCCAGCUGCAGAGCAUGCUGAGCCUGAGAUCCUGCGUGCAGGACCCGGUAGCUGCCUUCAAGAGGGGGGUGCUGGAACCGCUUGCAAACCUGAGAAAUGAACAGAAAAUUCCUGAAGAAGAAUACAUUAUUUUGAUAGAUGGCUUAAAUGAAGCUGAGUUUCAUAAACCAGAUUACGGAGAUACGCUUUCUUCAUUUAUUACCAAAAUUAUCUCUAAAUUUCCUGCCUGGUUGAAGUUGAUUGUGACUGUACGAGCAAAUUUUCAGGAAAUUGUAAGUGCACUGCCGUUUGUCAAGCUUUCCUUAGAUGACUUCCCCGACAGCAAGGACAUUCACAGUGACUUGCACGCCUAUGUCCAGCACCGGGUGCGCAGCAGCCCGGACAUCCUCAGCAACAUCUCCCUCAACGGCAAGGCGGACGCUGCUCUCAUCUCCAAAGUGAGCAGCCACCUGGUGCUGCGCAGUCUGGGCUCCUACCUGUACCUCAAGCUCACCUUGGAUCUCUUCCAGAGAGGACACUUGGUCAUCAAAAGUGCCAGCUACAAGGUGGUGCCUGUGUCUCUCUCUGAGCUCUACCUGCUACAGUGCAACAUGAAGUUCAUGACCCAGUCCGCCUUUGAGAGAGCCCUUCCAAUUUUAAAUGUGACCCUGGCAUCCCUCCACCCCAUGACGGACGAGCAGAUUUUCCAGGCUAUUAAUGCAGGCCACAUACAAGGGGAGCAGGGAUGGGAAGACUUCCAGCAGAGGAUGGAGGCCCUCUCCUGCUUCCUCAUUAAGCGGCGAGACAAAACCCGCAUGUUCUGCCACCCGUCCUUCCGGGAGUGGCUUGUGUGGAGAGCAGAUGGUGAAAACACGGCCUUCCUGUGUGAGCCCAGGAAUGGGCACGCGCUCCUGGCGUUCAUGUUCUCUCGACAGGAGGGCAAGUUGAACCGGCAGCAGACUAUGGAGCUCGGCCAUCACAUCCUGAAGGCACACAUUUUCAAGGGGCUUAGUAAGAAGACGGGAGUCUCAUCAAGCCAUCUCCAAGCCCUGUGGAUUGGGUACAGCACCGAGGGGCUGUCUGCGGCCCUCGCCUCGCUCAGGAAUCUCUACACUCCCAAUGUGAAGGUGAGCCGUCUCCUGAUCUUGGGAGGGGCCAACGUGAACUACAGGACAGAAGUGUUAAACAAUGCCCCGAUCCUGUGUGUCCAGUCUCACCUCGGCCACGAGGAAGUGGUCACUCUGCUCUUGGAAUUUGGCGCUUGCCUGGAUGGAAUGUCGGAGAAUGGCAUGACGGCCCUGUGCUAUGCCGCAGCUGCUGGCCACAUGAAGCUGGUGUGCCUCCUGGCCAAGAAGGGGGCGAGGGUGGACCAUUUGGAUAAGAAAGGCCAGUGCGCAUUGGUGCAUAGUGCACUGAGGGGCCAUGGUGACAUCCUCCGCUACCUGCUGACCUGUGAGUGGUCGGCGGGUCCUCCCCAGCCAGGGCCACCGAGGAAGAGCCACGCCCUGCAACAGGCACUGACGGCCUCCGCCAGCAUGGGCCACAGCUCGGUGGUCCAGUGCUUGCUGGGGCUGGAAAAGGAACAUGAAAUAGACGUCAAUGGCACCGACUCGCUGUGGGGAGAGACAGCCCUGACUGCCGCUGCAGGACGAGGGAAGCUGGAGGUCUGUGAGCUGCUGCUGGAGCGGGGAGCUGCCGUGUCGCGGACUAACCGGAGAGGAGUCCCACCUUUGUUUUGUGCAGCACGCCAGGGGCAUUGGCAGAUCGUCAGGUUACUGCUGGAACAUGGCUGUGAUGUGAACCUAAGUGACAAGCAGGGCCGGACACCCCUCAUGGUGGCUGCAUGUGAAGGGCACUUGAGCACCGUGGAAUUUCUCCUUUCAAAAGGGGCCAGCCUUUCUGCUCUGGACAAAGAAGGUCUGUCUGCAUUAAGCUGGGCUUGUCUGAAAGGUCGCAGGGCAGUGGUCCAGUUUCUGGUUGAAGAAGGAGCUGAGAUAGACCAGACGGACAAGAACGGCCGCACUCCGCUGGACCUGGCUGCCUUCUAUGGAGAUGCAGAGACUGUGCUGUAUCUGGUUGAGAAGGGAGCUGUGAUUGAGCAUGUGGACCACAGUGGGAUGCGUCCCUUGGACAGAGCUAUUGGUUGUCGAAACACAUCAGUGGUGGUGACACUGCUGCGGAAAGGCGCCAAAUUGGGAAAUGCUGCUUGGGCGAUGGCUACUUCCAAACCUGAUAUUUUGAUUAUACUUUUACAAAAGUUAAUGGAGGAAGGAAAUGUGUUGUACAAAAAAGGGAAGAUGAAAGAGGCAGCACAGAGGUACCAGUAUGCCUUAAGGAAGUUUCCUCGAGAAGGAUUCGGGGAGGACAUGAGACCAUUCAAUGAAUUAAGAGUUUCCCUCUAUCUCAAUUUGUCUCGCUGCCGAAGAAAAACAAAUGAUUUUGGCAUGGCAGAAGAAUUUGCUUCCAAGGCUCUUGAACUGAAACCAAAAUCCUAUGAAGCUUUCUAUGCCAGGGCAAGAGCAAAGAGAAAUAGCAGGCAGUUUGUGGCAGCUCUGGCUGACUUGAGGGAAGCAGUGAAACUCUGUCCCAAUAACCAGGAAAUCAAGAGACUUUUGGCCCGAGUAGAAGAGGAAUGCAAGCAACUCCAGAGGAGCCAACAGCAGAAACAGCAGUGCCCACCUCCAGCUCCCCCCAAUGAUUCCGAUAAUGAAGAGGAUAUCACAACCCCUGGAUUAAAUGACCACUUCCAUCUUGAGACUGAAGAAGAAACAUCUCCUCAGGAAGAACCUAUUUCCCCAGCUCCUAGAUCCCAGCCGUCCUCAGUCCCCUCCCCAUAUAUUAGAAACCUUCAAGAAGGGUUACAGUCGAAAAUGAGGCCAGCAUCACCACAGAAUAGGCCUGGAAUCGGCAAGCCCCUGCGAGAGCCUGUGGGCCAGCCAGGUCUGAUUAUGCAGCCCACCAAGCAGGCACAGAUAGUAAAAACCAACCAGCACCUGGGCUCUGGACAGUCUGCCUUGAGAAACAGUAGUACAAAAAUUCAAGUCUCUUCUCAGAAUCCUCCUCUGAGUCCCAUGCCAGGUAGAAACCCUGUAGUUCCUGCUGGCAGCAGAACCCAGCAUUUAGAAGGUUCAGGGACUUUCACUGUAGGAGCUGCCUCAGGCCACUUGGGAGAGCGGUUGGGGCCUGGCCACAGUGUUCAGCUGCAGCACAGUGAGAGUGUGGCUGUAUAUCCUUUACCCAGCAAGAUAAAAACCGCGGAGAGGCUCCUGUCGCAUGCUUCCGUUGCUGCAGAUAUAGCCCCUUUAAAUCAAGGCGGGCCAUUGAGCGACAUGCGACACCCAGCUUCCCAUGCCAGCUCAGGUUCUUCUGGUUCCCCAUCUAGCAGCAUUAAGAUGUCAAGUUCAACCAGUAGUUUGACUUCAAGCAGCAGUUUUUCUGAGGGCUUCAAGGUACAGGGACCAGAUGCUCGAAUGAAAGACAAAGUGGUUAACCAGGUCCCAAGUGGUACAGCCGAGCACAGACCACGCAAUACCCCGUUCAUGGGAAUCAUGGAUAAGACUGCGAGGUUCCAGCAGCAGAGCAGUGUUCCAAACCGCACCUGGCACUGUCAAGUCUCAGAGGGGCUCCUGACCAACACGUCUGCAGCUGGCCUGCAAGCCUCGAACUCUGAGAAGACCUCUCUCAAACAAGCAGGAGGAUACACUAGCCAAGCCAAAACCUGUUCUGUUUCUACGCUGGGUGGGGGUGUUCACAAUGGUGCCCAGGUGAAGGAGCUAGAAGAAAAGAAGUGUCAAAUGCCAGUCCACUGUCCAGAUAACAGGAUAAGUAAGACUGUUUCUCAUAUGUAUCAGGAAAGUGUCUCUAAACAGCAACCUCACAUCAGCAAUGAAGCCCACAGGAGUCACCUCCCUUCAGCAAAACCAAAGCGAUCAUUCAUAGAGUCAAAUGUGUGAGUCUUAAGAGAGAUGCAUUGUAGAACUUGGAGAAAACUGUUGAAGGCUGGUGGUAAUCAAAUGGUUUCUCAUGAGAAAAAUUACAUUGUAGGCCAUACUUUUCUCUCCCUCCGAGGCAGAUCAGAUGCCAUUAUCAAACAGGUGGGGUAAAACUUAAUCGCUAGCUUAGAAGUCACCAUAAAUAAGAAUGUGAAUCAUAAUGAAAAAUUACAUCUAGUUAAACCUAUUGAAUUAAAAAUUUACGACAGUCAAGAAGAUAUUAGUGCUUAUCUUAUUAAAUUGGAUUUUUCUCCCACUUUUCUGCUAGCCUUUGCUAUAUGAUAAAAGUCACAAUAUUUCUUACAGAAUAUACAUGUCUAGUGUUAGGUUUAACCCACAGCAUAAUAUCCAAAUGAUUUAUCCUGGGGAAAAAUUAUGUUUCAACUUGACAUACUGUUGAGUCUAAUCCCAAUUUAUAUAUAGAUAGAUAUAGACAUAUAAAAUUAAGAUCUAAGGGAUUUCUAGCUGAAUUAUAAGUAUGAUUGCAAAUGUUAAAUUUUUUUUUUAGGAAAAUAAGAAAACUUCACUUAUCUUUUCCUUUAUAGCAGUUCCUUUAAGAAGAUUAAACAUUUCCAUGUUUGUUUCUUAUUCAAAAUAUUUUUAUAGCACCUUUUUGGAAUUAAAUUCAUGCUUUAAGAUGUUUUUAAUAUUUGAAAGCAGUAUAAGCCAUUUGGAAUCAUGAUUGGUGGUCAAAUAGGAUUUGGAUUAAAUUACUAACACCAGUACUAAGACCAGCAUUCUUGGUGACCUGUAAAUUAGCUCUCAACUGGUUUUGAAACUGCUUUUAACAAUGAUAGCACUCCCAGAACAAGCCUUCUAAGGUCCUUUAAGGACAAUAUUUAAUUUGGAUACUUAAGGUAUGGUUGCUGACUGUUUUUGUUUUAUUGUAAAAUCACUGCUUUAUAGUCACAUGCUGUACAUAUUAAAUAGCCAAGUUACAGUCAAACUUGUAAAUAUAACUAUUUCAAGUAAUCUUUUAAAAAGUCAUAUUUGCAUGCUUUUGUAAGCUUCAUCCAUGCUGGUUAUUGCACUGACCGAUAUAUUAUUGUGUGUGGCAUGUUAACAGUAUACCAGUAACGGCACUUUAUCUCAUUUAUACAAACACCUUUGAGGUGCUACUUUAGUCCAAACUGAUGUAUUAUUCAUUUAUAAAGAUGAGGUAGAGGAAUGAAUCUAGGUUUAAAGGUAUUUUUAUAUGAAGAUGAUGUGUUAUUGGAGGAUGUCAGAAUGCUAGUUUAAGAGGAGGGAAUGUAUUUGUUUUCUAUGUUGGGAUGUGAAAUUUAUUUUCUAGAAUUAGAGAGAAGGAAGUUCUAUAUUUACAGAGUGUUUUUUAAAAUGAUUAGUUGUAAUCAAGUUCCUGUGGGCAUCAUUAUGGUUUUGUACAAAUAGGAAUCUUCUGGUGUCAUUCUUCAACAUUUGUUCCUCAGUAUGUACAUAUACUUUGUAUAGCUUUUUUGUUUUUUAUAGGCUUUUCAUGAGUUCUGCUGUAACUACUAUGGCUUAUUUAUUGUUUUAAUUUUUUUCUUUAAUGUUUGUGAAAGUUUUACUCUUCUGUUAAGUAGUUUUGUUUUCUGCACAACUACUGUACUUUUCCAUAUGGAAUAAAGACUAUUAAUAGAAUUUGUUUCGCAUUCAAUGAAACAAUGGGUAAGUGGAGAAUAUCCUGUUGGUCUAAGUAGUAAAAAGCACUUUUUUACAGUUACUUCUACAUACAUAUGUAAUUUCAGAACAAUAGUGGCAACUUCAGAAUAUUCAGGGAUCCAGAAUUCUUUUGUCUGAAAUAGUAGGAGAACAUGAGGAAGAGUAGUCUACAUACUUGCUCUAUAGAAUCAGAAUAUCUUUUAUACUGUAACUUCAGUACACUUAACAGGUUUAAAUCUUGUUCAGCACAUUGGUGUAUUUCCUAUAUACCCAAGUAUUUCCAUUUCAGAGUAAAAUGAAUGAGUGAACCUUUAUAUGGUGAUAAAAUUCUAACUUGGCACCUUAAGCGUAAGUAUUCCUUAACAGUAGACUUCAGGUUAUUCUGUUAUUGACAUUACUAGUAUGGUUAAGCAAAUUAAUUUCAGUAUUCCUUUAACGUUAUAUAUAUAAACUAAGGCUAAAGAAAAAAAGCUAGGUGGAAGGGGGAAAGUGUUUUAAUAAUUGUUGUCAUUGUGUGAAUUUGGCCCACUUACCCCAGGAAGAAGUUUCCUUGGACAACUACUGGUCAGGUGAGUGUGCUGACUCAGGUCCCAGACAGACCUGAGAGCCCACAGAUGAUUAUGCAGCGGCAAGCGCCCCUUCCUGUAGUCCUUGGAAUUAUGGUUUUAGUGUUUCUGCUUAUGUGUUUGUGGAGAGGAGUUGUUUGGCUUUAGUUUAUAUAUAAAAACAGGCAUUUCAUUAAGGUAUUAAUAUCUUAGUUUUUAACAAUUUAAUUUUAUAAGAAAUUCUUGGUGAAUCAUGGAACAGAAAACCACUUACCAUUUUAAAGUCUGUGUUUUCUACCAAUGAUUUUGUGGUUUGGGUUACUUUUGGUAAUUUUUAUGUAAAAACCAGUUACCUUCCUUUAGAAAGUCUGAUUUACCAAAACUAGAGAUUUAGUUUAGUGAUGGGCUUUUUAGUCAAUUUUUUAAAAAUGACAAUUAUGUUAGCAUACUUUCAUUAGAAUAGAAAUUUUAAAAAUACAUAUAGAAAAUCCAACUUUUUAUCCUCAUAGGUGAAAAGAAUGCAGCAUGGGGGGAAGGGAGGAACUCCUAUAAAUUUAUAGAUUGUGAAUUCUGAAAGAAAAUUUACAAAACAGCAACUCAAAAAGCAUCGGAAGAUUUCUCUGGUGGAAUUGUCUUUUUACAGAUGAAGUCAACCUAGAGCUUACUACCGCCUGUCUAUUCUGAGUGAAUUUUGCAGCCCCAGAACAUAUCAAGGAAUGCUGCAAAACAUGACUAUCGGAAGACCAGAUGUCCAGCAAGGAAAAGAACUCCUAGGGAUGGAUUUCACAAACUCCUGGCAGCGGUAGAGGCUGGCUUCCUGCUGAACAACUGUCUUGGUGGUGUUAACUCCUCCCAUCUGCCAUAUUGCUGGUUGUUUCAGUAAAGCAUAUCUUAAAA